GUGGUACUUCAAACAAUAAUUAGUAGUUUCUGGGGAGGAUAUACUUGAAUCGAUAGAGCUUACAUGCACGAUUCAUUCACGCUAUUCUAAAAAUGGACUUUGGCUUCUCUUAAUUUUAAAAUGGCACAUGUUCCAUAGUCAACUGGGAGGCUUAAUCAUCAGUUGUGGUUUUACAUGAAAAUCAAGACCUUUCCCAAAGGUAAAGCACGUUAUGUGUUUUUGCUUGUAUUUGUCUGUUCACUGUAGAGUGAAUUAUGAUGACAGAAUCAGGAGACUUUUACCCUAAUUUUGAGAAUCGAGGCCUAGUGCCCGAUCGUCUUGAAAAUGGCUCGUGUUUAAUACAAGAUUGUAACUUAUCGCACAACGCACGAUUUAAUCUAUUUGUUUAUGUCCAGCCGACUGCAAUGUCGUUUCUUUUCAUCGUUUCCUUUGGCCACAAUUAUAUACCGUUAAAAAUUCACCAAAAAUAACAUUUCAUAUAAAGGUACGCGUUUUCCUUUAUAUUACGUUGUAUACCAUACAUUUGGAAAAAUAACCAUUCCGACAUAGUUUUCUGCUGAUUUCAUUCGACUCCACUGAGUAACAAUUUUUUUUUAUUAAAAGACUAAAGAGAUCGGGAGACAAAUUAAAGGAGUCACCACCGGUGCUUUGUUUGCUCAUCGAUUCAAUAGUAUUCGUUGCCUGUUUAGAAUAACUUUAUUCAUAAAUUGAGCAUGUCGUCGUCUUACUAAGCCUCGACAACUCUUCGUGUUCUUUCUCUUGCCUUUUUUCUUACGUUUUUAUUGCAAUAACGUUAUUUUAAAAUAUCUGUCGUCAACUUCGAUGUAAGAUCUUAGCAUGCGGAAUGUAUUCAAUCAUUAAUUAAGGUGUCCCUUUUGUGUUGUUGCUGUUUCUCGUCGUCUAAUGUUUUUUCACCUGUUAGUUAGCUUCUGUUGUUUCCCAUAUCACAUACUUUCGUUCAUCAUUCUUUCUUUCGCAAUUAUUGGCGUCAAUUAAACUUUCAGCUAGUCGUUUGCGCAUGCAUUAAUUUUUAGUUUUUCGUGCGUAUAUAAACUUAAUUUUCUCUGUUCAGGGCCUUUUUCUUUUCGGUAGUUGCACUAGUCGCACUACGCUUUCAAGCAGUUCCUUUAUUCUUCAUUUCGUCUUCGGACAGUGUUUUUUCGUCAAGCGCAGUUUUGCAGUAAUCGUAACAAUGUAAGUAUUGUCGUUUCAAGUUGGCUCAGGGUAUUUCUUUCUUAUCACCUUCACUUAAUCAAUUGUUGUAAUUUGUAUUUAUUUAUUAUUUAUAAGUUUCAACCCACGUCGUUCACCGUCAAUAAAUCGCCUAUUUUAUCAGUAAUUGUGGUGUUGAGAAGUUGCGAUUGCCGCAGUCACAUUCGAUGCUGUUCCUCUUAAUCAAUACGUACUAUCCAAGGUAUGAGAAGAAUUUUCUAAUACAUGCAUGUAAAUAGCGGUUUUAACGCAGACAAUUUUUAUGACAAAGAUAUGUUUCUUCGUUGCAAAAUGAAGGAGAAACAUGGAAUGACCGAGCGGUUCUUGGGUAACCUUUUUGUAACUAUUUGGUUCUCGUCGAAAUGUAUCAGGGUAUGUAGUUAUCACAUAAAUAGAGAUCGACGUUAAUUCCGGAGCUUUUCCAUUUAGAGGAUGGUAAAAGAGUAAUUCGUAUCUGUAUACCCUUUUUGCUUUUCCUUUUCCGUUUCAGUUUAGUUGUGACGUGAAUUACACUAUCAAUUACAUUCGUGACAUUUGUUUUUUUUUCAAAAUAAUUAUCCAAAAAAACAAUUAUGAUCUACAGAAAGAAUUCAUCCUCACAAACUGGUCCUUUACCAAAUAUCGAAUUUGUUUUUUUCCUUCUUUUUUUUUUAUUAAAAGCACCAUUGCUAUCGAUGUAUAGCUAAUGAUCAGUUCACAUGCUUUUAUCUUUCACACACUUUUAUUUUUAUUUUCAUACUUAUUUACAACAUAUUCCUUUGACCCCCAAAUAGCAAAUGCUAAUCGAGGCGGGUCAAUUACAAAUGCAAUUGGUUUCCCUCAGGUUCAAAGCUUCCAGAGCAGAAUGAACGGCCACAUGGCAUCAGUUCUAUUUACGAUGUAUCUAAUGAUUGGUCUCAAUUAUCAGCUGCACCAAGUGACAGCUCUCUCAAGCAGAUCAGGUAGAAAUGACAUGACCAGACGAUCAAACUAAGAAACUUAAUCUUGUUGGCGUCAUAUGUUCGUUGAAUUUAGUUGCUGGUCAAGGUAAGGAUAUUUUGAAAUAUCCUUAAAAGGAUAUACAACGGUGCGAUGAAAAUUACUGGAAUUAGCUAAUGCAUAUUAUUCUGGCUGUAACAUCCAUUUUUUCUCUUUUUUCUUUUUCUCCCAAGAUGACUUUCAGCCUCGAAAAGGCUUAUAGACUGAACUUUAAAAAUUUGUUUUGCAUAGCGCAAUUGAUGAAAUUUUGAUGUUCAUGGGGAUCUUAAGUUCAUCUAACACGAGACAAGGGUAGUGAUGUGACAUUGAGAAGCCUGAUAUCGGCAAAAUCAUCUUACGCAAAACAAUUUUGGACUAAACUUAAAAAAAAUUAAGACAAAAUAAGUGCCGUCCACAGCACAAUUGUUAUAAGUCGCCCCAUGCGCUCUUACUCAUAAACUAUUUAAAUAGGAGAUUUAAGCUGUUACAAUCUAAACUAUUAAGAUGAGUAAAAAAUUUUUGUGUGUGCGUUUUCACAGAAUCAUUUGAUCUGCACUUUCCACAACAUUUGGAUGGGUAUGCUAUAGCAGAGCUCAGUCCCCUUGCUGACAUGGUGUCAUUCACGGUCUGUUUUUGGAUCAAGUUAUUGCCACACCCUGGAUCGCUGGCGCCAACAACUACCCUGUUGUCUUAUUCCACCACUGACUACGUAAAGGCUUUUCAAUUGGAGACAACAGGAUUAACGAUAAAUGUUUAUAUGGAUGACCAAAUUCAACUGUAAGUUUGUGUUUGUUUACAGUCCAUCAUUUUUUCACUUUAAAGGAGUUAUAUACAUGUUUAUGAAACCUUAACACUUUUUAACCUACAGACGUUUUUGGCGUGAAAUAACGCCAUUCGUUUCCGCUCUUAACAAUCCUUACUCCUAUGGUCUGUUCGAGAGUGAUCGGUUUCUGCUUUACCAAAGUAUUAACCAAACGGUUAAUAAUGUCACCUUAGGAUCCAGUCAGAAAUAUUAUCACAUACUUCCUUUAAAGUAUAUUGUCACGACCUUAUUUUUUGAGGGAGACCUAGAUAAGCAAACCAACAAAUCGACAAUGGGCAAGAGGAAACUGGAGAAGACUGAUACGGUUGCACAUUGUCUUAUUUACGUUCUUCUGUAUUUCCAGCUAUCUACGACAACCACACGGUAACCUUUACGAUAACAGUUGGCAUCAUGUCAGCAUCAUUUGGAACGAAAAACUUCGUACAAUUGGGUUCUACUUUGAAGGUACUCAUAUCCGAACAGUAAAGCCUUUCAGAUCAGGUGAGACGCCCUACAAAUUUAUACUGCCUCGUUUCAGAGCACUAUGGUUACUUGAUAGAAUGGCGAGGCUCUGUAUGUCAAGCAGGCCAGUUAGCAGGUGUUGGAGAGGGAAGAAGGGAAGGGUGGGUGGAACAGGCGUCAAACGUGUGGUGCUAUUGGUAGAAUUGAGUUUCUUUGACCUGUUAUCGAUAAAAUUUACACAUACUCUUUAACAGCGAGAUUAAAAGUCCAAUUUUCUUCAGUGCAUAUUUCUAUUUUAAGAGCUGAUGUAUCUCAUAGCGUUCAGGUGCUUAUUUAAAAUUUCUGCUAAAAGUAGGGGCACUUCGAGGGGGGGGGGCACGUAUUAAGAAAUUGUUAACCAACAGUGAUUCCUUUGUAGUUGAAACUUAAAAAAGUAAUAAAGGAAGUGGCAAUAAAAACAGGUUUUCCUUUGGUGUGGAGUAUACAUAUUGCAUACAAUGGAACCAAAAAUUUACGACGACGUUUCAUUGAAAUAAGUCAUUUCUGGAGUAGAAUUUCUUUUAAGCACCCACUUCCUCUUUUGAAAGAGAUUUUAUGUCAAUUAUCAAUAUAUUUAAAAUUUUGUCACAUUGAAACUUGUCCUAUAAAAGUCCACUUGAUCGGGAUCUUCCAUGUUAGUCCUUGGUUUUACGACAAGAGCACUUCCUCAGUGAACCUUAUUUCUUUCAAACUGUAUUGCGCAGGAAAACUGGACUGUUAGUAGUCUGUUUUACUCUCUGCGAGGAACUAGAAGACACUGACACAAGAUAAGAUUUGGAUGAAAAAAUUCUUGUCGACCCAGCCCUUUAUCGUCCGCGCCACAAUUUUGUGACAUCAUUCCUCUGCAAGCUAGCAAUAUCGUAAAAAAAGACAAAAAUAACAAACCCCACCUUUUACAAACACCUAUUGAGGUUAACAAUAUCUGGGGAUAUUUUCGUUAUGUAUAUUGAGCUGAAAUACAAUAAUUUUGUGGUACAUUUACCCUCAGAUGAAGGUCUUAAAGGAGGUGGUACAUUAGUGCUUGGUGCUCUGAGGAAGGCGUCUGGUGAGUUCGUUGAACGUUUAAACGGAAGUAUGAGCAACCUGAGGAUCUGGAGUAGGGAAUUGACAGCAGAAGAGAUAAAGAAAGUCUAUGACAGCUGUGACUUCAUCAGAGGAAAUGUAUUCAAUUGGUGUGAAAACGUGGUCGCCCCAAUGCUUAGAAAAGGCGUUAAAAUUGUGUCACCCUCUACUGCGUGCAGUUCCAGUUUAUGUGAGUAGAACUCUGCAUUAUAGAGCGCUUUUGUAUUGAAUUUCGCCGUUAAUAAAGUCAAUAAGACCAAAUAAAACUCAAAUAGGACAGACGUAACCGACCUAAAGCACUAGAAAUGCGAGGAAACAGCUUAUAGCUGCUUUCAGUUUCGCAUUUGAUUAAGAAUACGAAAUAUGUGGAUUGAUUCAAGCAAAACAACACCUAUGUCGUCCCUAAUCACAUUAUUGAAUGAAUAAAAAAAAUCUUGUUUUUCACCGUAAAUCUGCAGCCUCUUCUUUUGAGGAGUACAUUCUAUGAUUUAAUUUGAUUUCGUUUGUUUCCCCCAGCUCGACAGUCGAUCUUUACGAGACGAGAGAACUUCAAACUCUUGGGACAUGUCAUUACUCAGAAAUCAGUGCGGGACGAGUUUACGUGCGGGUUACACUGCUUACGAUCUUGCAGUUGUCAAUCAUUUAACUUGUUUAAACAGGGAGAGGACCACUACUUAUGUGAACUGAACAGUGCGAAAGACAAACACCACCAAGCUGAUCUUAUCUUCACACCCGAUAAAGAUGUUACGUAUCAUACAAUGUUGUACGACUAAGGGAGAAGUAAUUUGAAGACCUUUGCUCUUUUUCAAGUAUAGAGCAGUUUUCCUCUAGUUGUUGGAAAACAAAAGCCAUAGUAAUAAAUAAUAAUGACAACAAAGUAAAAUGUCACUUGCAGCCGAUUAAAACUUAUAGUUAAAAAAAAGCUGCCUGAGGCGCCCGCGGGACGGAGCAAAUGAUCAAGUCGCGACAUGUCUUAGUUUCGCACCUGAUUGAUCGUGCUUGCGGUUAAUAUUCUGGACCAUUCAUAUAGCAGAGUACAAAAAAAAAGCAAGCUUGAGUUACUUUCAACACUAAAUUGAAAAUCGCUCUAAAAACCAUGAUUUAGCGAAUCAAAGUUCUGAAAUUAGGACAAUCAAGGGCACAUACACAGAGUAAUAAGUUCAAAGUUUUGUCAAAAUUUUGUGCGUAGCUUUAUUUGGCCCCAAACAGAAUUGAAUACUUCGUAGGUUUGUAGCUUUGGUCAACAACCGAGUAAAGCCUUCUGUUUGCUGACAACAUGUGCUGAGUUACAUUUAAGUCAGCAUUAAGACCUUGGUUAACGUUACCGAUGUUUGGUGGGUCAAUUGCGGCUUAAGGAAUAAAAAGGCCUAAGAAAAGUAGUAGUUUAUGCUCUGUUGGAGAUGGCUGCGUCAAGUUAAGUAAGUUUGUAGUUUUGUUGAGAAGUAUUAACUGCUAGCCGAACACUUGUUCCGUUUAAAUAAACAUUGCGAUGUC